UCAGAUGGAAAGACAACUUAUGAACUGUUUAUAGAGGCCAGAGAUGGAGAUAAGCCACCUCUCAGUUCUAUAACCACAGUUUCAGUAAAUGUCAUCAACCAACACAACAAUCCUCCAAAUAUUGAUGUGAACUUUAUUUCUACACAGAAUCACAACACAGCUACCAUUCUGGAAGACAUCAAAGUUGGUAGUUUCAUUGCUUAUGUGAUGGUCACUGACAAUGAUAUUGGACACAAUGGACAGGUGAACUGUCAUAUCAAAGAUGACACAUUCAAACUACAGUCAAUGGGAUCGAAGGAAUAUAAAAUAGUUCUAAAGAAAGCAGUAGACAGAGAGACACAGGAACAUUAUCACUUUACUGUGUCGUGUGAAGAUAAAGGAUUACCUGCUCUGAAAACUGAUAAAGAUCUGUCAAUCCAAGUGUUGGAUGUGAAUGAUGUAGAGCCACACUUUACAAAAGACACAUUCAAGUUCCUUACCUAUGAGAAUGACAAAGCUAAUUUCCCUAUUGGCUUUAUCAAUGCUACAGACCCAGAUAUUGGUAAGGGAGGUGAAUUGUCUUAUUCUCUGAGAAAUAAACAGCAAUAUCGUCUGCCAUUCCAGAUUAUCAACUCUGGCUUUAUUUCAACAAACCAGUCUUUAGACAGAGAACACAGAGAUUUCUAUGAGUUUGAGGUUUUUGUGAAAGACAAUGGAAGCCCAUCUCUGAAUAACACAGUGAAUGUUGAAGUGGAAGUAUUGGAUAGAAAUGAUAAUGCUCCAUAUUUUACAUUUCCUAGUGUUGACCCUUUCACUCUUAAUGUCCACUAUCAUCCGCAAAGUAAGAACGACAUCACAGUUUUGAGAGCUUCAGACAGAGACAAUGGAAAUAACGCUUUUCUCAAGUAUGAAAUCGUUUCAGGUAACGAGAGACAGUUAUUUAAACUGGACUUGUUCACUGGUGUGUUAUCUUACUCUCGCACAGUUUACCAAAAUGAUGUCGGAUCAUAUGUGCUUGAGUUUGUUGUGAAAGACAGUGGUACUCCAGUUCUGUCAGCAACAACUAGCCUAUUGUUGAAACUAACUAUUGACAAAAAAAUAUAUCCAAUGAGCCUUACAUUAAUAAUUAUAAUUGCUGUAGCAUGUGUAGUUGUAUCUUUGGUUGUCAUAGUUUCUCUUACAAUAUGCAUCUUUAAACAUAUUGAAGUCAAGCAGAGCUCGAGUGCCAGACCAAUGCCUUCUAUAACAGAAAUGAAUGACUUCUAUAACCGAACAGAUUCCCUGUCUGUAUCCCAAAUUGACAAUAUCUAUAGAGAAUUAAUACCAGAAAGGUACAAAUAUAAACGGUCAACAUCUAGUAGUUUCUCAACAGUACCAAGACCUUUUCCUAUGUGCUCUGAAGAACUUAAUGCUGCUGCAUAUCCACACUAUCUGAACCAAACAUUAGGUUACUAUCAUACGAUAGAAUCGUCGAGAAAAGGAGAGGCCCAUCACUAUGAAGAAUUGCCAGAGACAUUAGACUUGAACAUCUGUGAAAUACCUGCAUUAAUAAAUGCUGACAAGGACGAAGAAACAUGUGAAAGAGUAGCAGACCAGAGUGGCAGAUAUGGAAUGAACUUAUUUCGAAAAGAUUCCUUUUUCCAUUGAAACAUAUUGUUCUUGACAUAAAUCCUUGGAACCAGAUAUUUUAGAAUUUUAAAUGAUACAUAUUCAUUAGAAUCUAUAA